AUUAUAGGUCUUCAUUUGGAUCAAGCAGACACAAACAGAGAGAAAGAAUAAAGAAGAAAGAUCUCUCUUAUCUUUCUUCUUUAUCAUCCAAUUCAACUUCUUCUUCUUCUUCUUCUCUCAUUCCAUGUCUCGCACUCCUAACUACGAGUUCCAGGAAUGGUGGAACAAGCAGCGUGAGAAGAACAACAACCUCGAUCCCCUCAACGACGCCAAGCUCGACCACUCCCACUCCGCCUCUCCGCCGCCCUUCACCGCCCUCGACGUUGACUCCUCCUCCUCCUCCGUCGCAUCCAAAAAAGAACGCUCCCGGAGCGCUCGCCAGCUCUCCUGGGUAUGCCUUCUCAAAUGCCAGCAGCUCGCCGCCUCGCUCGGCUGGCUCUACGGUGGCGUCUUCCACCUCGCCCGCACCGCGCACCGCCGGAUCGCGGACUCAGCGUCGCUGCGGGGCGACUCGUCGCGGCUCUACCGCGCGAUCCGCGUCUUUCUCGUGGUGGUGAUUGUGCUCUUGGGGUUCGAGCUCGUCGCGUAUUUCAAGGGAUGGCAUUUCAGGCGCCCCGAUCCCAGCGACGUCCUGGGCAUGCUCGCCGUCGUUUACGCCGUGUGGGUCGACGCCCGCGCCCGGUACAUGUCGCCGCCGUUGCAGAGCCUGGCGAAUUUGUGCACCGUUUUGUUCAUCGUGCAGUCGGUGGACCGGGUCGUUUUGAUCUUGGGGUGCUUCUGGAUCAAGUUUCGGAGGCUGAAGCCUGUGGCAAGUGUUGAUUACGAUACUGUGGGUAUUAGCGCGGAGGAUUUCCCGAUGGUGUUGGUUCAGAUUCCCAUGUGCAAUGAGAGGGAGGUUUACCAGCAAUCCAUUGGAGCAGUUUGUAUCCUGGAUUGGCCAAAGGAGAGAAUGCUCGUUCAGAUUCUUGAUGAUUCUGAUGAAGUAGAUACCCAACAGCUUAUCAAGGCAGAAGUGCAUAAAUGGCAACAAAGGGGUGUUAGGAUAAUAUAUAGGCACCGGCUUCUACGUACAGGCUACAAGGCAGGGAAUCUUAAAUCAGCAAUGGGCUGUGAUUAUGUUAAGGAUUAUGAGUUUGUGGCAAUUUUUGAUGCUGAUUUUCAGCCAACACCGGAUUUCUUAAAGAAAACAGUGCCCUAUUUCAAGGGAAGGGAUGAUUUGGCAUUAGUUCAGGCAAGAUGGGCAUUUGUAAACAAGGACGAGAACUUGCUUACGAGAUUGCAGAAUAUCAAUUUGUCUUUCCACUUUGAGGUAGAACAACAGGUGAAUGGUAUCUUCCUUAACUUCUUUGGCUUUAAUGGAACUGCUGGUGUGUGGAGAAUAAAGGCCCUUGAGGAAAGUGGUGGUUGGUUGGAGCGAACGACUGUUGAGGAUAUGGAUAUUGCUGUUCGUGCUCAUCUUUGUGGAUGGAAGUUUAUAUUCGUCAAUGAUGUUAAGUGUCUUUGUGAACUUCCAGAGACCUACGAGGCAUAUAAGAAACAACAACACCGGUGGCAUUCAGGUCCAAUGCAGUUGUUUCGCUUAUGUUUUUUUGAUAUACUUCGUUCAAAGGUUAGUUGGGCAAAGAAGUUCAAUUUGAUAUUUCUUUUCUUCCUCCUGAGGAAACUUAUCCUGCCAUUUUAUUCAUUCACCCUAUUCUGCAUAAUUCUUCCAUUGACCAUGUUCCUUCCCGAAGCUGAGCUCCCAGCCUGGGUUGUAUGUUACAUUCCUGGAGUUAUGUCCCUCUUAAGUGUUCUCCCAGCUCCACGUUCAUUUCCAUUUAUAGUUCCUUAUCUUCUAUUUGAGAACACUAUGUCAGUAACUAAGUUCAAUGCCAUGGUAUCUGGAUUAUUUCGCUUUGGAAGUUCUUAUGAGUGGGUGGUUACAAAAAAGUUGGGAAGAUCAUCAGAGACAGAUUUGGUUGCCUUUGAGAAAGAAUCUGAACCCCUAAUGCGAUCUAACAGUCUCCAUAGAUCAAACUCAGAUUCAGGCCUUGAGGAACUAAGCAAACUAGAAUUGUCAAAGAAAACUGGGAAGACCAAGAGAAAUCGUCUCUUCAGGAAAGAACUUUGUCUUGCAUUUAUUUUGUUGACCGCCUCAGUUAGAAGCUUACUAUCUGCCCAAGGAAUUCACUUCUACUUCCUCUUGUUUCAAGGGAUAAGUUUUCUGGUUGUUGGUCUUGAUUUGAUCGGAGAGCAGGUAAGUUGAUGUCCAGAUUUUGGAUUUUAUGUGCAUACAAAUCCUCUUCUCAGAUCCUCGUUGAUAAAGGUCAGAAUGGCCAAACCUUAAACCAUCCUGAACACAUUGAUUUGAGCCUAAGCUGUUCAGUGGUUUUUAGCUCCCAAUUAAAGCAAAUCAGUUGCUGCUUGACACGCCAAACUUGCAGUUCUGUUUGUUUUUGGUGUAAAGACUUAUGCCUCAUUGUUGUUGCCAAGCAUAUGCCUUAAAGUUACAUAAAAGUUGUUUCAGUUCCUAAUGGCAAAUCGUAUCCACACUUUGGAAAAGAAAAGGGUUCAACGUUCCUGACCUAUAAAAUGCCAAUAUACAAUUACUUGCCUUCCUGAACUGAAAGGGUGGAGAUUGUUAGAUUAUAACAUUUGUUAUUCUUUUUCAUUGACAAACUGUACAAUCACAUAUAGUUCAUUGUGGCUUUGCUCUAUUGGUAUUUGUUAUCAGGCAGUGAGGUUUUUGACACCAAUCAGCAAGCAUUUUUAAUUUUAUUGGUUGUCUUUAUCAUGGUUUAAUUUUGUACACCUGAUUAUGAUGAAACUUUGAGCCUUGUCAAUGGAUGAUUCAAAUUUGUGCUGGUUUUA